AUGGCACCUGAUGAACAUGGUGAUAUAUGGUCACUAUGUAAUAAUCCUUCUACACAUCAACUAAUUGGUUAUAAAGAUGGUGUCUAUAUUUCACCUAAACAGCCUAAAACAGGAGAAAAUAUUCAUGUUCAAGUAAAAGGCAAUUUAUUAAAGGAUGUUACUAGUGGAAAAGUGGAUAUUGAUUUAAACCUAAUGGGAAUGAUAAAAAUUAGAAAACAACUUGAUCUUUGUGAUGUAUUGAAUUCUGAUAUUAUGGGUCAUAAAGAUUGCCCUUUAAAUGCAGGUGAUUUAGAAUUAGAUGCUACAGCUUGGAUUCCUAAAGAAUUACCAAGAUUACCGCUCGAUGGUAAUAUUCAGAUAUCUGAUCAAGAUGGAAAGACGGUUACUUGCAUUCAUCUUAACUUUAAGCUUGAAUAA